AUGUCCGAAGAGCUUCAAGACGAGGUUGAGGCAAUCAACUCCAUCUAUGGCGACGGUAGUCUUAUCCCAUCAGACGAUGACACUUCUAUCUAUAUUUUAAAACUGCCUGGUGAUGCGUCCUCACUCCGUCUCAAGUUCCCUUCAAAUUACCCCUCUCAUCCGCCCACUGUUCUCGGCACGCACCACAGCUCCGGCGGCGUGAAGGGCGCUGGCGCUCGUGAUCUAGACCUCUUCCGCGAUGCCUUGACUGAGGUCUUUCAAGAAGGUCUAGUAUGUCUUUUCGAUGCAGUGGAGGAAUUCACGCGGCGUGCGGAGGAGCAGAAACCAGAGCCUCAAGAGAUGGAACCUCCAGCUGUUUCAACGCCUGAGGAAGAGUACUACGAAGAACCAGAUUUCCCCCCUCCGGAAUGGAUUCUCUCCGACCUCGUUACAGAGUCAAAAUCAACAUUUUUAGCACAUGUCGCGCGAGUCACGUCGCCUGACCAAGCACGCUACUACGUCCAGCUUCUUCUUGCAUCAGAUAAGCGUAUCCGUGGCGCCACGCACAAUAUGACAGCAUGGAGGAUCCGCGGGCCCGGCGCGUCGAGUUUCCAGGACUGUGAUGACGACGGGGAGGCCGCUGCGGGAGGGAGAAUGUUGCACCUGAUGCAGGUCAUGGACGUCUGGGAUGCUAUGGUAGUGGUGACGAGAUGGUAUGGCGGUGUUCAGCUGGGACCUAGAAGGUUUGCGCUCAUCAACGCUGUAGCAAGGGACGGUCUGGUGAAGGCUGGUUUGGUAAAAGAAGAGAAGCAGGAGAAGAAAAAGGGGAGGUGA